AUGCCCAUGGGUAUCUGUGCUCUCCAGUCAGGUCUGAUCCGGAUGUCUGAUGAUGAGUACUUCAUCGACCCCUUGCCCCAGCACCUAGCUGCAGAGCACAACUACAGCUCCCCGAGUGGACACCACCCACACGUGGUCUACAAACGCUCAGCUGAACACAAAGUCCAUGGUGGCCAGAGGUCCAUCCACAGCUCCCAACCUGACAACCCAUAUCUACAGCACCAUCACCACCGUCACCACGACUACCAGCACGGGAAGCUGCAGAGACAACACUUCUGUGGACGCCGCAAGCAAUGUAUGUAAGGGAACAUCCUUAUUAUUAUGACUGCCUUUGAUGCGCUCACAUGAGAAAAACACAUUACAGUCACGUGGGACAGUGUGUACAGGACAGUGGUAGUAGAGAUGGUAGAGAGACAUGCUUUGUAGUUUUAUCACAGAAACAGAAUGAUAACAAUGCAAUAACAUAAAGAAUGAAGGUCAAAAUGUCCAAAUGUUCUGCUACUGAUUGUUUAUGAUGUAAUGUGUACAAUGUACUUUGAUAUAAAUAGUGCUCAGAUAGCGUAGGGGUAUAAAGUAGCUGGGCUUUAUUGAAAUGAAUACUCGGAAGUAGCAUGAGGAGUGAAUGACUGUGAAUAUUUCCUGCUCUUUCAACACUCUGCCAGCCCUGUGCUCUUAUCAGGGAAAGGACCAGGAAAAAGGAGGAGCUGUCAUUUGAGCUCCUUUCCAAAGCAUUUCUCUCUCUCCCUGUCUCUCUUUCUCCCUCUUCAUAUCUCUAUCCAUCCCUACCUGCCCUCUAUCCCCCUUCCAUAUAUCUGCAGACACUCCCAAGCCCCCUGCUGAGGAUCGUCUCGUCAUGCCUGAUGAGUUUGAGCUCCCAGGCAGGGUGAAGCGAUCACCCAUCACGUCUAACAAGGUGGGGGGCCUGAAUGUGGAAACGCUGGUGGUGGCAGACAGGAAGAUGCUGGAGAAACACGGCAGAGAGAACGUCACCACCUACGUCCUCACUGUUAUGAACAUGGUGAGCAUGGGAGGGACUCCAGUCAUCAGUCAUGUAACAUAUCCCAAAGUAGAUUUUAUCCUAAAGCAAAACCCUGGCCUAAUGCUUGACAAACAAUGAAUGUCAUGAUUUAUGUAUUUAUUUCACAUAAAAUGUUAAGCAACGAUUCAUUUGAAACGAAAUGUUAAUCUAAAACUGGCAAUCUGGGUUUGUUUUGUUUUAGGUUUCCAGCCUUUUCAAAGACGGCACCAUCGGAACUGAUAUCAACAUUGUGGUGGUCAGCCUGCUUCUUCUAGAGCAAGAUCCAGUGAGUCACAUCAGUGCCUGACAAUAAAAUCACCAGCCUCCCCAACGUCAUGAAUUAUCCAGUCUCCCCUUAUGAUCUAUUCCUCUCUGUCUCCUCCCCAGCUCGGCCUGUCCAUCAACCACCACGCUGACCAGUCUCUCAACAGUUUCUGCCAGUGGCAGUCGGGCCUGAUUGGGAAGCGUCACGACCAUGCCGUGCUCCUCACCGGCCUGGACAUCUGUUCCUGGAAGAACGAGCCCUGUGACACCCUGGGUAAUGUCUCACCCCAGGGGGAGGGGAUGGUAGGGGUGGGGGCGGGGGGGGGGUGAAGUAGGUCAGCCAGGGCCCCUGAGAUGACUGUUGGAGAUUAGAGCCCUUAGUCAUGGUGCUGCUGGGGAAUUAGACGGCACCAGAGAUCAUGGGGUCACUUCCAGGGUGGGCGGGAUCCUGCAUGCUCUGCCUGGAUUCCCUCCGGCAGGGGAUUUCACCUGCACUAAAUACACCCUUGUAUAAACUCACGAACACACACAUACACACAAGUAUGGCCAUGCAUACACGCACACACAUGCACACACCCACACACAUCUUACAAACAUUCCCGCUCUCUCCUUCUCUUCAAUAGUGUGAACGAUUGGCAGCAUUGUCAGAUCAGUUAAAACUGAAGCAUCAGCCAACUAUAAUUAAUUCAUCUCAAAGGCUCCAAACCACAAGUAUGCACUUUGGGAGGUACAGUAUGAGGAGCAAGCGAGGCCUUGAUUUAAAUAUGCUCUUUGUAAUACAACCAACAGUUUUCAUGCUACAAUCCAUAGCGUUCAUGCUCUCUGUGGACCAUUUAAAACGUAAAGACUGCAUUUAUUGCCGUGUAACAGCAGUCUUGGCUCACUCUAAAAGCAGGAUUUGUGAGGUUGGUGAUAGUAAUGCCUGUAUUGAAAAUAAGUUUGUCUUGUAACACUGCCUAUGGCCUUCCUUCUCCCCAAACAGUUAUGUUGUCUGAUAGUUUUUGUAGAUAGACACAGUAGCUUUGUAUGAAUACAUAUUUGAGCCUGAUAUCGCCCUUACCUUACUCUUUAACUUUCCGCCUCUCCUCCUCUCCUUCUCCCUCUCCCUCUGCUUAUCUCUGCAGGUUUUGCUCCUAUAAGUGGAAUGUGUAGUAAAUACCGGAGCUGUACGAUUAAUGAAGACACAGGACUGGGCUUAGCUUUCACCAUUGCUCAUGAAUCAGGCCACAAGUAAGUCCAUCAAUGCCCUUGCUAUUAGCAUUAGCCAUUAGCUUUACCUUCACAUGGAGCAGAAUAGACCCCCAUGAAUUUUAGGAGAACAGGAGAACACCUAGUACAGGUGAUGAACGUGUUACUAUACAACAAUGUAUUCGUGGGACAUUAGUCCUAACAAAUGCAUGCAAGCUUCGUUUUUAUAGAAAGCCAUGCUUAGUUGCAAUGUGAUGGCUUGAGUCUACAGUGCAACAUCAAAGAAGAAUAGGUCCAUUUAAAGAAAGAAAUACAGACUAAAACAAUAACAUUACGCUAGCAAACUACUUAAUUUGCUUCAUGACAAUGUGUGAAACCAUAUAAAGUGCCACAGGCGAUGGGUAUGCUCUGGUUGUGGUUUACACGUUUCCAUCGAGAGAAGAGGCAGUUUAUAUUUGACAUUUGAGAUUAAAUUAUUAUGGUAAAGCCCUUUGUGUGCUUGGCAGUUUCUCAACACAAACUGGAAAGAACCUGUUCCUUAGAUACACCGAGCUGGUAACAUGUCAGAAUUCCUGUAAUUUUCAAUGGCUUAAUCACUUUGGUGAAAUUAAUAGGAAUCAUUCCCAGAAUUUGCACAUUGUUCAGAUGAAAACCACUUCCAGGCCAAAUACCAUUAAUCACUGACAAAUUGAGGAGAGGUUAUUUCUAAAUAGAUGACGUCGUCUUUUACAGACUAGUGAACCUCAGCUAUGUACUGUACUGUAGGAGGGUGGACCUAAGCAUUUUUAAUACUGUAUCAACACAUGCCUGUUUAUAACACAUCUGUUUCUAAACCAAGCAUGAGGCUAUGUUAGAAACAUGUGACCCAUCAUGCUCCAUGGAGCUUAACGAGUUUUAUAAAAAUAAAAUGUUGUAAGGUUACUUGGGUAAGAGUUCCAACCUGACCAGUAGAGUUCUGACCUGAGGCUGGACAUUAACAGUCUCUCUCUCUCUCUCUCUCUCUCUCUCUCUCUACCUCUCUCUCUCUCUCUCUCUCUCUCUCUCUCUCUCUCUCUCUCUCUCUCUCUCUCUCUAUCUCUCUCUCUCUCUCUUCUCUCUCUUCUCUCUCUCUCUCUCUCUCUCUCUCUCUCUCUCUCUCUCUCUCUCUCUCUCUCUCUCUCUGGCUGGCUGUCUCUCUCUCUCUCUCUCUCUAUCUCUCUCUGGCUGGCUGGCUGGCUGUCUCUCUCUCUCUCUCUCUCUCUCUCUCUCUCUCUCUCGCUCUCUCUCUCGCUCUCUCUCUGGCUGGCUGGCUGUCUCUCUCUCUCUGUCUCGCUCUCGCUCUCGCUCUCGCUCUCGCUCUCGCUCUCGCUCUCGCUCUCGCUCUCGCUCUCUCAUUCUUAAUGAUCUGUCUCUCUGGCAGUUUUGGGAUGAUCCAUGAUGGAGAGGGGAAUCCUUGUCAGAAAGCGGAAGGAAACAUCAUGUCUCCAACCCUGGCAGGAAACAACGGGGUCUUCUCCUGGUCUGCCUGCAGUCGCCAAUACCUCAGCCGCUUCCUCGGGUAAGCCUUAUAAAUUGACCUCUGAGAUGGCUGCCAUGCAUGUAAUGAUGUAGUUUGGUUCUCAUGCACCUGUUUGUGUUUAGGAGUCCUUAAUGAUAGGUCCCUGUCUGAUAGUUCAGUGUUUCUUGGUUUUGUUCCACAGAACAGCUCAAGCAUCGUGUCUGGUGGAUGAGCCCAGGCAGAUUGGGCAGUAUAAAUUCCCAGAGCAGCUCCCAGGCCAGCUCUAUGAUGCUGACACACAGUGCAAGUGGCAGUUUGGCUCCAAGGCUAAACUUUGCAACCUGGACUUUGUCAAGGUACCUGACACUGAUAGGCACAUUCGUUAGUGAGUUGCAUGAAACUGUCUGACAAGUGUGCUACUGGGAAAACUAGGUAGGGUUUAAACCAGUAUUAUUUAAUUUGCAUGAUCUUUGUGGGACAAACCAUUCUAUGUCCAAAACAGCCGUAUUUAACCUCCCAUUACAGUAUUCAAAACGGGUCCAACAGACUUGAACACAACCCUAAGGGAAUGGGCCUCUAUAAGCUUCCACUAUACUACAUUCAACAAGACAUGCAUUGAUAUGUAAAUCCAGCAUGAAUAAGGAACGGGUCAAGAAAAGGAGGUUGUGUGUGGGAAAUCAACAUCCACGCCAGUCCAUCUGUAGGAUUAGUGCUCAUGGUAUAGCCUGCUCCAUUGUACAUCCCCAUACAACCUUUUGUCUUCUCCUGAACCCCAGCCCUAAAUUUGAAUCCGUCUCCUGAACCGCGAUGUAGGUGACUCUACAUCUUAAUUAACAAGGAUUUGGGAUGUUUGCCUCCCCGUGUUUCUUCCCCCUGUUGGGAUUCUGCGGUCGUUUCGCACGGUGCAGGGGAGCUAAUUAGCCGCGUGCUCUGCUCUUACGGCUGGUCGUGGCACACUAGCCCAGUCAGUCUGCUGCAGAGCUAGAUUAACACAGGGGGACUAGCUCUCUCACAACCCCGGUCUCACUAGCUGUCUGCCAGAUGCAAUCGGGCGGCACGCCAGCGUGGCACAGGUCCACCGCAUGGCUCCCAAGGCCUCAUCUCUCCAUACUUACUGCUGCAUUGUGGGAAGAAAUUAAAUAUACAUGAAUAGUGUGUUUCAGGGAAUACAAUGAUUGGUUUUGACAGGUGUUUUGGAAAUGGGGGGUUAUUGCUUGUAACCGUGGCAGUGGAGUGUUGGUGGUGUAGUGGUGGUGUUCUGAUGAGGGGAGGCAGAUGCUGGACUCACUGUUUGGUGUGUCUGGUCACUCUGCAGGACAUCUGUAAGUCACUGUGGUGCCACAGGACAGGUCACCGGUGUGAGACCAAGUUCAUGCCCGCUGCCGAGGGCACCAGCUGUGGGACUGACAUGGUAAGUGUACCAUCUGUUUCCAUGGCAAUGUUGCCCAUCGUGAAUGGGAUGGGAGGAGACAGAGAUUUCCCUCUAACAUUAUCACUCAGUGUAACACACUUUCAAACACACACAGCCAUAAAAACACACAGGGACGCAUACACAAAUGCCUAAGGCCCAAGCACAUGCACAAAAUACAGGUUCACUCACAAAUCCACAUAUACACACACCUGCAGGAGCGUUCUGUGCAUUGUUAAAUGUCCCAUAAGGACACAAGGCUCCUAUUCUUUUUCUGCAGUGAAAGAUGAUAGUGGGAGAGAGAGAAAGGUGGUGAUGUGUGUGAGUGUGUGGUUUGGCUCAGAUAGGCCUAGGUCUCCAGGUGUGGUGCUGGGCAUUCACCCAAACCAGCAACCUCAGCAGUGGGGCAAGCCAAAGAUCCUACCACUGAUACUAACUCAACUUUUUCAUUUUUUCUCUCCACCCCGCCCUCAUCCCCUCUCUCUCUCUCUCUCUCUCUCUCUCUCUCUCUCUCUCUCUCUCUCUCUCUCUCUCCUCUUUCAACAGUGGUGUCGGCGAGGCCAGUGUGUGAAGUAUGGUGACCACGGUCCGAGAGCUGUCAACGGUCAGUGGUCAGGAUGGUCGGAGUGGUCGGACUGUUCAAGGACCUGUGGGGGAGGGGUGAUGUACAGGGAGCGAUCCUGCACCAGCCCC